AUGGUAGCCAUACUCCUUGGCAUAUUAGUAUUUAUAGUCGCCAUUAUUGUUUGGCUGCAUCCAAAGGAUAAUCGACAUAAAGUUCCACCAGGUCCGAAGGCAUUGCCACUCAUCGGUAACCUCCACAUGCUACGAAAACAACCACACCGCACCCUCCAAGCCCUCGCCGCGAAAUACGGACCCAUAAUGUUCUUGAAGCUAGGGCAAGUUCCAACUGUCGUUGUUUCUUCUCCAGAAGCUGCUGAGCUCUUUCUCAAGACCCAUGACCUAGAUUUUGCAAACAGGCCUAAAUUUCAGUUGGAAUUAUGGCGGGGUGAGAAGAAGGGGCAAAGGGAUGUAGUGACGAGGACGAAUGAGGAAGUGUCAGAGGCGGAGGGAGAAAUUGACGGGAAAAGAAUGAGAAACAGAGUGGCCAUGGCAGCAAAAUUUGGGAUGGGAGAGGAAGGGAGGAUGGUUGUUGGAUGGGAUGGGAAUCUUGUGAAGUUCUUGUUGAGGAUGUUGAGAGAUGAUCAUGAUCAUGAUGAUAAUAAUAAUGAUGACGUAGUAGUAGUAAUAUAUAUGGAUAAAGGAAUAAGAAAGAAAGUACAUAAAUUAAGAAAGCCAAUUAACGAGGCACUGGAGCAUAUUAUUGAAGAUCAUCAGAAUACCAACUACGAUGAUGAUGAUGAUAGUCCACAGAAAAAGGAUUUUGUUGACAUAUUGCUAUCAUUUUUGGAUCAACCCAUGGAUCCUGAUGAAGAACAACACAAACACGUUCUGACAAGAAAUGACAUCAAGGCUAUUAUGAUGGACAUGAUUGGUGCAGCAUAUGAAACAUCAACUUCGGCAAUUGAAUGGGUUAUGUCAGAGCUACUAAAGCAUCCUAGUGUGAUGAAGAAACUUCAACACGAGAUACAACAUGCAGUGGGAGGAAUUAACAAAGAAGUUGAAGAGAAUGAAAUAGAGAAUAUGCCUUAUUUGGAUAUGGUUGUGAAAGAGACCUUAAGAUUAUACCCGGUUGCACCUUUGUUAGUGCCUCAUGUGUCUCGAAACGACGUCGUUAUUGAAGGUUAUUACAUAAAAAGAAAUACACAAAUCAUAAUAAACGCAUGGGCAAUUGGAAGGGAUCCAAGAGUUUGGUCAGAAAAUGCAGAGAAGUUCUAUCCAGAGAGAUUCGAACAUAAUAAUGUAGACAUUCUUGGACGCGACUUUAGAUUCAUACCAUUUGGUUCUGGUCGAAGAGGGUGCCCUGGAGCUCAAUUGGGAUUUGCAACUAUCAAGUUUGUUGUGGCUCAGUUGGUGCAUUGCUUUAACUGGGAGCUUCCUUUUGGCAUGUCUUGUGAUGAAUUAGACAUGAAUGAAACAUUUGGCAUCACUAUACCAAGAACUACACACUUGCUAGCUAUUCCAACUUUCAGGCUAACAGCUGAAGCUGCUAGUAACAAAGAAUAA